AUGCCCGGACAACGGGUGUCUUCGGUUGGAGCUCGAAGAACUAAUCGGGAGCGCGUUCGCGGUCGACAAACCCUAUCGAAUCGUCUUAUCGUUUUUCUUAGUGGUGGCGAGUAUUGGACUCAUCAUCACUUCGUCGUUUUCGCAUUGACAUUCUUGAGUUAUGCGCUAUUGCAUGCUUCAAGGAAAACAUUGAGUGCAGUAAAGACAUCAUUGGUAGAUGUGUGGACAGGCAAUGGCAGUGGAGUUGAUUCUAAUCUGACUGUGUCAGCCCUGUUCCCUGAUGCAGCUUCUGCUGAGCAGUUCUUAGCCGUUUUGGAUUUUGCUUUCUUAGCUGCUUACGCUCUAGGACUGUACAUAAGUGGUUUAUUGGGCGAUCGCUAUAAUGCAUCAAACGUACUUGCGAUUGGCAUGUGGCUUUCUUCCAUUACUGUGUUUUUAUUCGGUUCAUUCACAGGAUGGCUGCAAUUUUAUUCGAAAAUUUUUUAUGUAGUAGUUUGGAUUGCAAGCGGUUUAGUUCAGUCGAUUGGAUGGCCAACUGAGAUUUGUAUAAUGGGUAAUUGGUUUGGUCACAACAGUCGAGGGACUGUAUUUGGUGUGUGGUCAGCGUGUGCAUCCAUUGGAAAUAUUUUGGGGACUUUGAUUGCUUCACAAACGGUGCAGAUCGGUUACGAGGUUAUUAUCAUUAAUCGUACUCUCAUGAUUGAUAUCGCUUUCUUGAUUGCUGUUAUUAUCAAUUUCGUUAUUAUAUUCAUCUGGUUACCGGAUCCGUUGGAAACGCGUGAAGAUGUGAAUCGGGUGAUUGAGGAGGUAACAGAACGUCCGAAAGCGAUCAGCUUUUGGCGGGCAUGGCUUCUUCCGGGCGUAAUUUCGUAUUCACUAGCGUAUGCUUGCUUAAAAUUGGUGAAUUAUUCGUUCUUCUUCUGGUUACCGUUCUAUUUGCAUAAUCGUUUUGGAUGGCCUGAAUCGUUGGCUGAUGAGCUGUCAACUUGGUAUGAUUGGGGUGGGAUUGUAGCUGCAAUUAUUGCUGGAAUUUUAUCGGAUCAUUUAUCGUCACGAACACCAAUCGUUGUCACAAUGUUGUUCGUUUCGAUGGGGGCCGUAUUUGCGUAUGCAAACUCCCCAAAUAACAUACUCAUCAAUUCACUAUUAAUGAUCUUAAUGGGAUUCUUCAUUGGUGGACCAGCGAAUCUGAUCUCAUCUACUGUUUCGGCUGAUAUUGGCCGUUGUGAUGAAGUACGAGGUUCAUCAGAAGCGUUAAGUACAGUGACAGGCAUAAUCGAUGGUACGGGUAGUAUUGGGGCGAGUAUUGGGCAGUUAUUAUUGCCGAUUGUUGAGCGACGUUUUGGAUGGAUUUAUGUUUUUUAUUCAUUCAUUUUUAUGAUGAUGUGCACGUUCGUGUGUUUGUUGCCGUUACUGUGGAAGGAGUGCUUUUCGGUGAGACAAAGACAUGGUUAUGCAUUGAUACAUUCAGAUAGUGAGGACUUAUUGUCGAAUGAUACAGCUAAUAAUAAUGAGCAACGGGAAGAGAGCACUGAAGAAGUGGUGCGAAAUGCAUAG